AUGUUAGAUAAGCUGGAGAUCUCCAUGCCUUUUGUUGAAGCAAUCACUCAGAUUCCAUCGUACAAGAAGUUUCCAAAGAACAUUUUAGGCAAUAAGAAAAAGUCAGAGAAGAGUGCGGUGGUGGAUCUGAGCGAAGGAGCCUUAACCUGUGCAGUUCUUCAACAUAAACUACCUCCUAAGCUGAAAGAUCCAGGUAGUUUUUCUAUCCCUUGCAUCAUUGGUGGAUUUGUAGUUGGUGGUGCUCUGUGUGAUCUGGGUGCCAGUGUUAGUCUUAUGCCAUAUUCUUUAUGUAAGAGACUCAACCUGGGAACACCAAAACCCACCUCCAUGACCUUACAGAUGGCAGAUCGCUCCAUAAAGCGUCCGGUGGGAGUUCUAGAGGAUGUCCCGGUCAUGAUUGAUCAGUACUUUAUACCGGGGGAUUUUGUUGUUAUGGAUAUAGAGGAGGAUGCCAAGGUUCCUAUUAUACUUGGUAGACCUUUUCUAGCUACUGCUGGUGCACUUAUUGAUGUGAGGAGAGGAAAACUUGUGAUGGAGGUGGCAGAGAACAAGAUUGAAUUUGACAUAUUCAAAAUGGCGAAGCACCAGCCCUCAUAUGUUGAUGAGUGUUACUUGAUAGAAGGGCUGGGUGAGGGCACUGCUGAGAGUAGAAAGAUUGAGUUAGGGGAUUUGCAUGUUUCCCCUAUUGAUCCUGGACCCCCUGAACUGUCAAGUGUGCUGAAACAAAAGAAAAAGUUCUCUGGUCCUGGUGGUUUCUACAAAAGAUGGAUGAGGGAGCUGUCUAAGUUCAAAAGGCCACCGGAUCGCGUGGUCCACAAUCCCACCUGA